UGGAAAUGGCGUUGACGCGUUGACAGUAAGGGAUAAUCUUUGAGUGGGGGGUAUUCUGCAAUGUAGCCCAUAUCCGUAUUCCAUUUCUAGGACAAGUUGAUUGGAGAAGGCAAGCAACCAAACUUGGCUCCAAGUGAAUAUUUCGCUCCAUUGAUCGUAAUGUCCAUGUACACCGAAGUCUAUUGUCCUGCUAUGCAAAUUCGAUAGUUUCCGUAUUUCAGAAUCUAAACCAUAGAAUUCAGGGCCACAUCCAAACUUAUAAAUAUUUUUAUCUUAAAUUGUAGGGAAAAAACACGGUAGUUCGCGUGUUUUUUUCCCUACAAACCAAGAUAUAUCCCGAUCUAAACCUGUGUUUUGAGCACUGUACUAUGAACGCCUGCACUCACACAAACGAAGUUUGAAGAACAUUCUAAAUUAAUGCGUUGCGUAGGCUCCCCGUGGUUAAAACUAUGACGUGCCCACUCGAUCUCGCAUAACUCAAGCCUUCAACAUGGCGCUUUUCAAGCGCGAAUUCAUUUUUAGCUUUGCUAUUACUGUCCUAGUCGGUUCCGGUUUACUGACAGUCGUAUGGCAUUUAUCCCUAACACUGAAGAACAAGCACUUUGUUCCAUUGAGCCAGGACACUCUCCGUAGCGAAACAAACUCUUCAAAGAGGGAAGAAACUACCAGAUCAACCAACAGGCUGAAACCUUUGGACUUGUUUAUCGCCAUCGUCUCAGCACCAUCGCGUGGAGUACGCCGCACUGCCAUCAGAGAAACAUGGCUGUCGACCAUACCUUACUAUCCGGGAAUAGAAGCACGAUUUUUCACGGACAGCAUAGGGCUAGAAGACGGCAUUAAAGCGAACUUAACAAGAGAAAGAGACCAAUAUGGGGACUUGGAGUUCUCGCCGGUCACAGCGGGAAUCUUAAUGGCUCACAGGUUGUUGUGGGCAAUGUUUUGGGCGUACGGGCGCUAUGAUUUCAAAUUCUUCUUGAGGACAGAUGAUGACUACUUCGUCUGCCUUAAUCAUCUUCACUUUGAUAUUCAGAAAAGGAAGCACGAGGAGUUUUUGUACUGGGGAUGGCUUCACUGUAACCAAGGUGUAGUUAGGAUAGACGAAGGCUUUUUAAUAGUCGACAAUGAGUUUGUACGGGAACUCAUAAGUCGCAAUACUUCACUUGUGUGCCAUCCUUACGGUGACAUAGCUGUGCGCAUUUGGGUAGAUCAAUUUCAACAAGAUAGAAUGAAGAUUUCUUUUUUCGCUGAUAACCCGAGAUUAGUCCACCAACGUAGUGGUCUUGGUGACCACGAUCUCUCUGCCGACCUAUGCAGCAAAUUCAUGGGGAUCCACCAAGCAUACCCGUCUUAUAUGCGAGCCUACUGGGACCUGGUUAAAGCGUCUUGGCGUAAUGUUACUUUCCCCGAAGUUGCGCGCCAACCUUAUGAAGUCUAUUGCCGCUGGUGGCAAUAUGACUGGCGCAACAUGUUUCCACCUUACCGCCACGAACCACGUCCUUGUUGGGGCCCGAACUCGGGCUGGCCGGAAUUGAGUAAGAUCAAGAUGCAUGAGGGAAGAGAAAAAUAGAUGACUUGUAUGGCUGAAUAGCGAUGGUUUGAACUGACAUAUGAAAAGAGAAGGGUUGUGUUGCGUUUCAAAUGGCUUACACUAGAAUGAUAACCCGAAUUAAUAAAUAAGACGUUUAAAAAAGGUCUCACACAGGCUUACACGUGAUUCCCUAGCAUACUUACUUGGCUUAGGUAGUCACGUGAUUCGCUAGCAUACUUGGCUUUGGUAGUGACGUGAUUCACUAGCACACUUACUUGGCAUAGGUAGUCACGUGAUUCACUAGCUUACUUGGCAUAGGUAGUCACGUGAUUCGCCAGCAUACUUACUUGGCUUAGGUGGUCUUGGGGCGCCUGGCAAGACGUCACGUUCAAGCUUGCAAUCAUCUUUAUCCUCGGCCAGCCAGCAGUAGCACGGGAAAGUAGCGCGGUCACCCUGUGCCGGCACCACCUCAACUUCCUCUACGAAGAUGCCCUUAUUUGGGCCGUGGCUGUCGUGUCCUAUGCGAAGCCUUUCUAUCUGAUGAUUACAAGAUGGCGGAUUGUUAAAACAAUUCGGAAUUGUGGUAGGGAUAGUGAAGGAGAUUAAAAAGUUUGUGUGUAGCUUAGGGUAACAGGGAGAAUGCAUGGGGUAGAUGGGGCAGAGCUUGUGCGACGAUGAUAAGAUAAGCAUAAAAUGAGAUAUGGGGCUGAAGAGGUAUUCAACAUAACCGAGCACCCAACAAACCUGGAACAAGCACACCUUUUAAUAUUAUUAAAUAAACAGAUAAAGGAAGGGUAUAUUGAAUUUACAAGUUCGAGGUCUGAGUUCUAAUAAGCAAUCUAAUGUCACAGGGGUGGAUCCAGGAUUUCAAAAUGGGGGAUGGAUAAUGGCCAGAUAGACGGCUAAUAACUGAUCAAGUGGUUUUUGUGUAGGUCACUACAUAGAUCUUACAAUACUUCACGCUGAAUUGGAUUUGUCGCGUCAGCAACGUCGAGCAGGCAAAGGAAAUUGGACAGUUCCUCCCGUCCCUCAGACAUUUAUUUUCUUCAAACAAAGUAACUUUUCAAUUUUUUUAUUCAAAAAGGGAGAAGGAUAUCCACCUAAUCCACCCCUUGUAUCCGCAAGUGUCAUGCCAAGCUAUCCAAAAAAACAACAACAAUAGGCUAACCUUCCCUACGCGAUUGUAUAGACGCCAUAAGUACAUGUAAAUGCACGCGAUUGUAUAGACGCCGUAUGUACAUGGAAAUGCACGCGAUUGCGUGACCCUUGAAUAGACGCCAUAUGUACAUGGAAAUGUACGUGAUUGCGUGACCUUUGCAACUAAAGUUGAUUUAUUUAGAAACAUGAGUUCCUGUGUAAAGUAAGCACAUGAUUGGUUAAACCGUAAUAGAUUGGCUAUGUACGGUUUGAUUUACAAUGAGAUUUGUACCAGUCGUGCAAUCGUUGGUAUGUAUACGCUUGAUUGAUAUAGCCUUAUUGGCUCGAUUUUGAUGUUUAAACACUAUGAUUACUAAUAGCGUGAAGAUAAUUGUUAUUAUUAUAUGUGACUAUAAGUAUUUUAAGGGAAUCACGAAGUUAUUGACUAGUUUAGGACUCUAGUUAUAUGCAUGUUAGAGACUUAUGCUUGUGUUACCUGUGCUUAGUUAGAAUUAUCCCAUAGUUGACCGCUUUGUAAUAAAUCCACGCAUGUGACAA